UUCACUCACACGCCGCAGAAAGUUUGGAGGCCAGGCGAGCAGCGGGAUACCGACGGAUAGGAAGUGACGGGACUGAGUGAGAGUCAGAAGGAGGUAAGAAAAGAGAGAGAGAGAGAGAGAAGACGUGAACAUCAACACAAAGCAGAGUGAGAAGCAGCGUGCAAUCAUCGGACUCUUGACUGUGGUGCGGGAGGGAGCUGAAGUGCGCAUGAUCUUAUCAACAACACCGGAGCGACACACAUUCAAUGGAAGGGAACUGGUCCCAGAAGUGAAAGGGAGAGAUUGCAGUGAGGACGUGUGUUUGUCGCCUGAUUCCUAUGAAUGUGCCCGUAAUUGUGGAAAGUACUGACGCACGGCGGGGGGACCGCAUGAAAGAGUGACCCACCAAACUUUGAUCAUGAGGGAAAAGACUUGACGAGACAACACGGCACAAGAGAAGAACACAGCUGGGAUAUGAGCGGAGACCUCUGGAUUUCGCCUCGAUUUUUUGCUCUCUCGGGUACGGUUUUGCGUCUUCGGGGAUGUUUGCGAGUUGCAUCUCCGCGGCUCCAGGUCGGAUACUGACUCGUUUCUGCGCCCUUGUGCUGCUCGUGGCUGUGGGACUCGCUGCGGAGCUGCGGGUCCGAGUCCGGCUCUCUGACGGACUGGUGACCGAGGAGGUUUUGGAGGCGGACAGCGAGAAAGACUCGAUAUCACUCGAGUUCAAGCAGGGAGAUGGGACGCUCAUCACUUUUGUGGUGGACUUCAAACGGGAUGUGAAAAUAUUCCGAGCGCUGAUCCUGGGCGAGCUGGAACGAGGGCAGAACCAGUACCAAGCCCUGUGCUUCGUGUCCCGCCUCAACCGCAAUGAGAUCAUCCCCAGCGAGUCCAUGGCCCGUCUCAGGCAGAAAAAUCCCCAGGCCAUUCGUUUGGCAGAGGAGCGGAGAGGCCUGGAGCAGCUGACUAUGAGCGCAGCGGUCAAUCUAAGUCGGGCCUGGCACCUCAGCGCCCACAUCCACAACAUGUGUAGCGAGGCUCGCGAGGCCAUCUACACCAGUGAGGCAGAUGUGAAAUACUGGCUGGAAAAAGGAGUGGACGGCUCCAUAUUUGAGGUUCUGCCCCAAGCAACAGAGCUACCCAGCUUUCAGGCCUGUCAUGCUACUAAAGACUUGUGGCAGCCAUGUCUCUGCACGUACACCCUGCGGCUGGAGUGGUACCCGUGUCUGCUGAAGUACUGCCGCAGCCGGGACGCAACAGGCAAGGGCUCCACCUACAAGUGUGGCAUCAAGAGCUGCAGCAAAGGAUACCAUUUCACGUACUAUGUUCCCCAAAAACAGCUCUGCCUCUGGGACGAGGAGACCUAGAGUUUUGUUGUGGAUGUUUAAGAAACGAGAAGACUUCUUUUUCUUUUUUGCCAGCCCAGCCAAUGCUUCUCCACCCAUGCUAACCACAGCAACACUGGACCUUGGUUUAUAUCAUGUGAAGUGAAACUGUGUCAGGUGGGGAGGGCCGACAUCCAGACAUUCACGUUGAAGUAGAAAUAAAUUCAGGUUCCAGAUGAGACCAAAAGCUUUUAAGGGAGAUGCAGCAAAGUCACUAAUUUUUCACUAAUGUUUCUGGGGAAAAAUGACCUCUUGCUGUCAGUCUUAACGAGAGAUAUAUAAUUUUUUUUAUUUUUUUUUGCCAAGAAGCUGUCACUUUUGUGCCUUUUUGGGGAAAGUGAGUGGGGCAAAUUAAACAAAACCUCUCAAACAAGCUAUGGUAUGCACAAAAGAUGGACAGUCAUACACCGGCAGAGGAACAACACUGUUCCACUCUCAGUCAAAAGGAGGUAGACAAACAAAUUCUUCCAUCCUGGUGAAGGAAAAUUUGAAUGUUGGAAUUAUCUGUCUUAUAAAGUUCUGUGAAAACAGUUUAUUACCAGCUAAAUGCUGUUUUUUACCAUGUAAGCAUGCUUACAAAGAAAAAACAAAACCUCUCCAAUGCUAUCUUUAUUUAUUUUGGUUGCAAAGUGAAAUUAUGGAGGACUAUCAUUAAAAAAAAAUCUUUUUAAUAUAAUAACCUCAUCUGUUUGCUUCCCUGUAGGCAUUAAGUUUAAGUUAGUUUCUGAAGUUCAUCUUAAACCACAGAGCCUCAGUAACACAAAGUAUUCGAACAUAUUUCAGGUUAACCUCUUGGCUGUUGUUUCUCAUCCAUAUCCUGUUUUGCUUAUAUACUGCCUGUUUUCAUUCUUGUAUAGACGGUGUAGAAAAACAGGCAUAUUAUCCUAUUUAAUAGUGAAGAUUUAUCCCGAGUUGCCCUGUCAUUACCCAUGGGGACACCUCCUGCCCACAACUCGCACCCCUCUCAGUCUGUUUAAAAAGUGUCAAACCAAAGUCAAAGAAAUGCUGUGAAAGGAGCCGUUUAAAGUUUCAGUUUCUGGACACAAGCUCUUCGGUAUGGUGGUGUUUUUUUUUUGUUUUGUUUUUCCUCCCCAAUGUGAGGAUCCAUUCAAGCAACAGGCGCUUUAAUGAUCCACACUGCCAUCUUCUGGUUAACCAGCAUUUUUAGACUUUUAUGCGCGCUGCCAGAAUUCUGGUUCUUGGUUUCCGGCUUUGCCUGCUAUAAUUUAUACAUCUCAUAUCUGCCCCCGAUAAUUUACGUGUAAUUCAAGGAGCACUUCUUAAAUUUGUGGGACCAAAUUUAACUUGUCUGUCUGUUCUUUAUAGUACUAGGUUAAAGAAAAGACUGCUUUUCCUCAAUAACUUCAGCCUUUUUACUGCCAUAACGCAAAAAAAAAAAAGGGGAGAAAAAAGAGGAAAAAAGAGUUUUUAGUGUGCUGGUAUGUCCUGCUAACUGAAGAACCAAAUGAGUGAAACACACCUAUUUGUGGCCUUCUCUGGUGAUCAAGUGCCUUAACAUUUUACUGAUGUUUUUGCUAUGUAAUUGUAGAUUACAUUGUUAAACAUAUUUUUUUUUCUAUGAAAGAGUUUUUAAUAUGUUGUAAUUAAAAAAGCUGCCGUAACGGAAAAAAAUGAAGCAAUUUGGUUAAGUACAAUUUUUAAGAGCUGUUUUACAUAAAUUGUUUUAAUAAAGUCCUUCUUUGCACUGCA